CAGAUAACCGUCUUUUGGUGGUAAAGCUGUGGGUUUACCAGAACCAUGAGUCCAGAAGUCCAUCUACCGCUUCUCCUCCUGCUGCUCCUGCAAGCUCCUCUGAACUCAGCAAACGACGCUGUAACCUCCGGGAAGGAUUUCACUGUGGUGUUCCCGGAGAACAUCGCAGACUAUCAUCCCACUUCUCCUGAGAACUGUGUCUGGGUCAUCGCCUUGUUUAAUGACACGACAGUGACCGCUGACUCUCAGCAGGAGACAUUACAAGCUGGAGAAACAAAAACCUUUUACAUCAACCUGGAGCUCAAAAAGCUAAAAAUCCAAAGCAACAGCAGCAAUCCAUCGUUCCUGGUCUCCAACAAAACCGCUAAAGUUACCAGCAACAAAGACAUCGUCAUUCAGGCUGUAAGCAACAAGAACAAAAGCAUACAGACGGCCGUCAUCAUCCCGACCCACCAACUAGGAACCCAAUAUUUCAUCCCACCAGUGCCCAAAAUCCAAGGAGCCACAAUCAGUGACAACAUCACGAGCAUCAAUGAGAGAGGCCCAUUCCAACUGAUUAUCGUUAACACUGACCAGGACAACACUGUGACUGUUGGGGGUCCGGUUGGAACCAGACAGGUGUCUCUUAAGAAGAACCAGGUGGCUCAAACUUGGGUUCUGCAAAACGAGUCUCUGCAGGAAGUCACGGCUGAGAAACCAGUGGCGGUCCUCUUCAGUCACCCGUGUGCCUUCCACCAAAACUGCAUCUGUCGGCUUCUUUAUGCUCUGCUGCCACCAGCCACAAGCGAGAUGAAGAAGUUCCUCAUUCCUCCGCUGUUCAACGACUGGGCCCAGACUUCUGUGCUUCUGUCAGAGACGGGAUCCAGCAGGGAGGAACCCUUCAGCACAAACAAAGCUUUCAUAGACACAUCAGGUAGCGCCAUCCUGUACCGCCCAGGUUUGCUGCUCCCUCUGGUCUCAGAGAACAACCUCGGCAGCUGUUUCGUGGUCAGAAGAAUCGAAGACACAAACUAUGUGGUUAUCGUGGUUCGUAAAAAUGAGACAGCAGGUGUUCAGAUCGAAGCUAAGGCUCUGAAUAGAGACAUCCAACAGUGGCAGGAGCUGGGCGGGACAGACUAUGUCUCCACAAACGUCAGCCUGACCGCAGACCAAAAGAUCCUCUGGCACAACUCUUCCAAAAUGGCCGUCUACUUUGUAGAAAGAAAGGAUGAUGUUUUGUUUGGGAACCCAGCGCCUGCCCUCAGUGCAACCCCAGAUUUCAGAGGCUGUGUCGUGGCUCCAGAAGUCCUGAACAUUUCCACUGAUGAAGUCAGCUGGCAGGAGUCCGUCGCCUCGUGCCAAAGCCACGAGCAGAAGCUGGCCACUCUUUCUAGUGAGGCCUUCCGGAGACACAUCUGCAGCAAACUUCCCCAGAAAAGCAGCGUGAAGGAAGCUUGGAUCGGCAUGCGCCGCAGCUCCCUAACCGGCGAGUGGUACUGGCUGGGCUCCUCGGACUUGGUCAAUGAGACGCACUGGGACAAGGGGUCUCCGGGCACGGUGGACGACGGGCAGUGCGUCUUGAUGAGCCUGAAAAGCUCCGAGGACUUUGUCUGGCAGGACAAGGACUGCUGCAAGGCUGCCAACGCCCUCUGCUACAGAGAGCCGGUUCUGAUGCCGUUAGUUGUGAGUUAGAACCGCUCAGGGUCUGGACCUCCAACCUGCUGAGUCAUUGUGUUUGGUUUGGGAUCGACAGGAUCUGCUUUAUCUGUAAGCUGAAUGAAUCCCUCGUACUUAUUGUUCUUUUCCUCCGUCAUAACCUCGGCUGGGACACAGUCGGAGAGGAGGUUCUGUAGGAAGUUCUGCUUCUCUGUAAAAAUAAA